GGUAAUCAAAACUUAGCAUACGUGCUUAUUCCAUUGAUGAAUACAUUGUAACAUAGUCGUAACUCCUCAAGAUAUUACCAAAAACAAACAAGACAUAAACUAGCACAAUGCAAAACAAUGAGAAACAAACGGUGUCGUCAUCAUCACCAUCUCCCACCGUAAGUUCACGAGCGGGGAUUCUCUUGUCCAUCCUGAAAACCAACCCAUUCCGUAAGCUAACAACGGAUGAUCUCAAUUCCAACCCCCCGCCGUUUAGCGUUUUCCGCGGAGGAACCGAACUGUACUCGUUCCCAACGUCACAGUCGGAUGCAACGGAAAGAGUUCAAGAAAAUGUCAGACACUUCAUAGGAAACUACAUUUCCGACUUCGUUGUAUUUUUCUUGAUAUCUCUGUAUAAGCAACCGAUAUCGUUUCUUACGCUGCUUGCGAGUUUUCCGGUUAAGGAUUAUCUUGACCAUUUGAUUACUAAAAGAGGACUUGAUCAAGCUUACCCCUUCAUUCGUCCUUACUUAGGUAAAAGCUCUAAUCUCAAUUUUUGA